AUGUUGCGGCCAGAAUUUUCACCCAUGAACCAGGAUCUGAACAAUUCCAACUACCACGGCAUACAGAACGCAAUUUACAUGCAACAAGGCAUCCAGGCCUCACUGAACAAUCAGCACUACCUGCAAGAUCCAUAUAAACAGCUGUUGGGUAGUAAACUGGCACCAAAGUAG